UCAGACUGUAUCACACAUGAGAGGCUUAGAUACCACAGCAUGGAGUGGGCUGGUCAUGUGACAUGGACCCUCAUAGCUGUUGGGCAUGGGAGGUCUGCUCACCUUGUCCUCAGGUCACUGCCCAAACUGGUUCUGGUCAGGUGUGUGAGGCUGCGGGUACAUACCUGCUUGGAAUGCAGGUGGGUGUGUCAGAUAGGAGAUUAACCUCAUAGCUGCCGGAACGACUCCCGUGCAGAGGAGUCUUCUGUGAGAACAGACCUGUGCACAGAGCUGUCAUACCAGGGGCACCGCAGGCACCCACCUCUGAGCAGUGCCCACCCUUUAUCAAAAACUGUUGAUUGUCAGGUCUUUAUCUGCUGAUUUGGAGCAUUCCCUUCCAGUCCAGGGAGCAGGUAGAAAGAGGGCGCAGCCACCGGGCCCGGUGCCAGCCACUGACAAGCUGGUAUAUGUACAGUACACCAGGAGGGAACAGGACCGGUAAACCAUUGUGCCAGGGGAGAAGAUCUAUCAGUGUGCGGCGGGAUACAGCUGUGCUGACUGUGUGCCAAACCAGAGGGGCGAAGACUGUGCCAGAACAGGAGCAGAGGCGGCGUGCCAGGUCCCGCUGCCUCCGAAUAGCUGCUGGGCCCAUCUCCUCACAUCAUGGUGCCCCCCUUAUAUUUCCUGGUGCCAGUCCUGGGGGGCUACGCUGCCACCUCCUAUUACUUACUGAAGAAUCCUCACAUCCUGCAGAAGAGGAAGAGACUGGCCUUCCACUGCCGUCACAUCUCCCACCGAGGGGGAGCCGGUGAGAAAAUCGAGAACACCAUUGAGGCGUUUGAUAAUGCGGUCACCCAUCACACAGACCUCCUUGAGCUGGACUGUCACAUGACCAAAGAUGGCCGCGUUGUGGUGUCACAUGACGGCAAUUUGCUAAGGCAGACGGGACACGACGUGAACAUACGCGACCUCACAUAUGAGGAGCUGCCGCAGUACAAGAAGUCUCUGGAGGUCACCUUCUUCCCAGGUCACAUAUCGUCAGGCACAGACCACCGCAUGCCCCUCCUGGAGGAGGUCUUCCAGAGAUUCCCCGAUAAACCCAUCAAUGUGGAGAUUAAGGAGGACAACGAUGAGCUGAUUAAGAAGGUGUCGGAGCUCGUGAGGAGAUACCAUCGCAUGGAGAGGACCAUCUGGGCCAGCACCAGCGACAAGGUCAUGAAGAAAUGUCGUAAGGAGAACCCAGAGAUGCCGUUCAUGUUCACGCCACGCCGGGGCGCCAUCCUCCUCCUCCUGUAUUACACGGGGCUGCUGCCGUUCGUGGAUCUGCCGGAGUCGGUGGUGGAGACGUACAUGCCGUCCCUUAUAAACAGGACGUAUUUUCCACAACGCGCUCUGAUGAGGAACCACUUCCUGGUCUACCUGCAGGACAAAUUGAUAAUGAGGAAGAGUCUGUUUCAGCAUCUCCAAGCCAGAGGCAUCCAGGUUUACCUCUGGGUGCUGAACCAGGACUCGGAUUUCCGCAGAGCCUUUCACUGUGGAGUCACCGGUGUCAUGACUGAUUACCCCUCCAAGCUUCACGGCUUCCUGCAGGAACACGAGGGGGAGCAGAGGACUCGGGGGGCAGAGGACCAGGCGCCUGCGUCAGACCAGCAGAGGACACACAUUUGGGCAGUGACCUGAGGAGCGUGCGCCGCUGGCGAUCGUGGAGGAGAACAAUAUGGCGGAGACAGAAAUAACCCAGGAGGAUGAGGGAACUUUGCACCUGAAAGAAGCAGAAGAGACAAUUCA